UUGCGCGCGUUGUCUGACUAAACUGCCGUACACAUAUAUUCUAGUAUUUCUUCGUUCUUAUUAAUGUGCGCAGACGUUGUGGCUACUCGACGCCCACAACGUAAAUCAAAAGGCACUUGCGAAGAGUACGAAUGUGUAUUAUAGCAGUAGUCAAAUUCGAAAUUGUGUCAAGGUCGGAAUACCUUAGAGGACAUAGCAGGAUAGUUCAAAAGUCAAGGAGAAAUCAUAUUGCUGUUGUGUACUGGUUCUGAAACUGAGUCAUAAGCUCUUAGAACCAACUCCGAGAAGAAGUGAUAUCUGCAAUCUCAACUGAUUCAUUCAUUAAGGGUUUGGACAACCACAGAAGCUUUCUGGAAAGGGAUUGGCAUAGGCUCCGAGCCUUCCAUCCUCAACCGAAAAAUCUGAAUCUGAAAUCUAAAUCGGAAUCUGUACCACUUCCUUUGGAGUCAACCAAGGCUAGGGCAGAAAAGUGGCAGAACGUACUACAAAAAAAUUUUACUGAAGGUCCAGGGGCUUCACCUUACAACUAAAAGGAGAAUACAAAGAAGUUAAUUUUGUUUGCACUAAUACGAUGUUGGAUAUAAAAUAUUUUCACAUUGUUUUAGAUGAUUGCGUUACUUUUGGCAGGUGUUGCAUUUCUGCAGUACUACGGCUGAUUAAUUGCGGUUCGAUAUUUCGACGGGAAACUAGAGAUCCUCGUUUUUCUGUAGUGUUAUUAGGAUGAAGGAGGAAAAAUCGGAUAAAAUAAAGAGCAUCAUAGACUUUUUCAGUACUCCACUAAACGAAGCUGAACUACUGGAAGGAGGAAGUAAACCUGAUGAACUGUAUACACUUUGCGAUGAUCCCAUGGAAGCACCCAUCAAGCUUAUCGAUGAACAGCUGAAAUUUGCUGAUCUUAAAGCACUUCAGAAUCUUUUCGUUGAUAAUUCUGGGUUUCUUGUUGUUGGCGCUAUUGGUUUGCAGGGGUCAGGAAAAUCAUCUAUUCUAAAUAUUUUGGCAAAUUAUAUUUCUGACGACUGUUCCAUUUUUGAUGGUCCUUUUGAUAUCCAAAGUGUUAACCACAUAUUAAAUAACAGUCCAUGCACUGGUGGUGUCAACCUAUAUAUUACUCAGGACCGCGUAAUACUUUUGGAUGCUCAGCCUCUCCUCUCAUUUGCACUUACAAAUUAUCAUAUUCAUAUGGCCACUUCUGCGGAAACGCCGUCUACAUCUGGAAAUCGUACAGGAAAUUCAUCUCUCACGGGUCCUGGCAAGUGGAACAUAGAAGUUUGGGCUGAAAUGGCAUCUAUGCAGAUAGUGGCAUUUUUGGUAAACGUAUGCCAUGUGGUACUCGUUGUCAGUGACAAUCUAAGCACUGCACCAACUCAAUUACAUCGAUUUGUAGACAGAGCAAUCAGUUUGAAACCCACUGUUUUUACACCGAAUGUAAUUCCAUUUCAUGCAAUGCGUGAUAAACAAUCGUCUAAUAUUCGUAAAAAAUCUUCUAAUGGUACUGUUGAUUGUCCAGAAGUGAAAAAUUUAACAACUGCAGUACAACGUUUAGAAAUUUCCCAUUCUAAUGGUGUUACAAACGUACCCGUUAGCAAUGAGGCUGAUGACGUUAGUGAAUUAGAAGACGACGUCGCAUCUUUAUCCGAACAAUAUCAUCAAGUUGGUAGUAAUUUUCCUACAUCGAAUCACUUUCUUCGACAGUGUCUUCAGUCACCUGAAGCUGAGUCUAGAGAUGUUUCAAAUGCAAUAAAUCGUUUGAUGAAUUUAACUGACUAUUCGGCCUCACUAAUACAUGUAUAUAAUCAGGCCCCAGCAACCGCAUUUCUCAAUCCCGAUUUUUGCGCGAAACUAGAUCGAUACAAAAAUAAGAUACUUCCACUUAUGUAUCCGGAGUAUAGAAGAUUAAUGUCACUGGUUAGCGCUGGUCCAAGGAUAUUAUCAGCCCAUCUACAGUCAAGAAGCCCUGACCAGUGUACGACUGCGCAUCGAAAUAACAUUUCCAAUAAUGCUCCAAAACUGAUUAAUUCAGACACUACUGUCAUCAAAUUGUCCACUAACAAUAGUCUUGGAAACCGUAUAGUUCCCGAUAAUUCUGUUGCUCAGGGCUUCUCAGGUUCUCCAGAUAAUUCAAGUGGUUCAAGUGAUGAUUCCCAGGAAAAUUCUGCCGCAGCAACACUAUCUGCACUUUCUGCAUCCAAUGAAUGCCCUGAACCAUCAUUAACCCCAUCAGACAAAGAUCCUUUGUCCUCUCAAAAACCUGAUGAUGUCGAAGACUUCAGUCCUGAAACGUUAGUUUCGUCUGAAGUGGAAGAUGAAUCGAAAACGGAUGUUGCUCAUUGUCUCCAUUCACCAGUCAAAAGUCAAGGGAAAUCAGAGAUUGUUACAACUGAAAAUUUUGAUGGCGCGAACUUUUUUGUACAGACCAAGAUGGUAUCAUCAUCUAUUUCGCUGACUUUUCAUCAACUACGUACAGCUUCCAAAUGUUACAUGUUGUCAGUUGAUAGGAGGUUGCAAACUCAGAAAAUUUCACUUAUAUACUUUUUAUCCAGAAAGUUCAAGUCUAGACAAAAAUAAAUGUUCGCAUACAAUCGCGAAGAAGUUAUGUAAUGAAGACAAGAGGCGAAUACGGUGCUGAGUAACUGUGUGGUGAGCUCAAGUCAAAUCAUAGAAACAAGAAACAAACAAAGUUGAACUAUAUCAAAGUGGAGGGAGGUUAAAGCCAAGGACUACGUAAUCAAAUGAGAGAGUGAAGACAUCCAAUUACCAGGGCAAGGAAAGAGUGAACACAGGCAUUUGAUAGCAAUUACUUUGGUAAACUUGAGGAGAAAUCAACUGUUUUGUCUACUGAUAAUUUAAAAGGAUUUUGUAAUGUUCACCGCAUGCCCUGUAUUAAUGAAAUGUCUGACAAUGACACUAUUGUGAUUAUUUGUUCCCUUGAGACGUCGACUUUUUGGUACGUGUUCAGAAAAUUGGAGGUGUAUGCCCUUCUUUCUCUUCUUCCAAUGUAACUGCUCCCACAGAUGUAUAUAAAUUUGUAUACACAGUAAGAGUUAACAUAAUAAGGGUAUCUGUUGACUUUUGAUUUCACGAUAGGUUCUGGCUAGUGAUAUAUUUAAUCUUUUGGUAACAUCGUUCCUGCAAUAUUGUCACCUUUAAAGUCGAGCUGAAUGAAGAUAGGCUUUUUUCCCACUGUGGUUUGUCUUGCAUUUGAGUCCUCAUAUCUUUCGUGCUUGUUAAUGCAUCUCUGCGUGAUAGUGUUGUCCAGCUUUCUGUCAGCUGACAUCAUGUAAAAUUUUGAAGCUGUACGCAGCUGAUGAGAAGGCAACGGAAUAAAUGAUGGUACUAUUUUAUUCUGCACAAACUGUUCAACUGUAACUAUUUAAUGUUUGUCGCUUACAAAGUAUUCUUUGAUUAUUUAAUACAGUGUUAAUUGAAAAUAAGACAAAAAACGUGGGUGGAAAAUGGACCCAAACUGCAUAUCACCAAUGUCUCAAUUGAUUGAAUAGGAUGCUAAUAGCAAUAGGUUCACCUGUUACUUCUUUAUUGCCAAUUUGCAGAUAUUUGCUUUCUACAGUACUAUUAGUACAUCGAAAUAUAAUAUUAAACACUAUUCCGAACGGAUUAUUGCAAUCCGUUUACUUUCGAACACUAAACCUUUGGAUAUAAUCUUGUUGACUACUAAUACCUAUAACUAAACGUUUGACAUUUUGUGACUUUUUAUAACUAACUCACUUCAAAAGACUUCUAAAUCCUCCGCCACCUACAACGCAUUCAACAAUACCAACGACGGAAGCAGAACUACCAGUGAACAUCUACCCUCCAACGAAAUCAGAAGUCCUGAGUGCAAUCAAGAUGCUAAAAGCUGGGAAAGCAGCAGGACCAGAUGGAAUCCCAGCAGAAGCUUUGAAAAUGGACCCAGAGACAACAGCGAACUUGAUGACGCCAUUGCUGGAGAAGGUGUGGACAGAGGGAAAGUACCUGAGGAUUGGAAGAAAGGAUACUUAUUCAAACUACCAAAGAAAGGAGACUUAAGUCAAUGCAAAAACUGGCGUGGAAUUAUGCUCCUGUCCAUUCCAAGCAAAAUACUAAGCCGCAUCAUCCUGGAGAGAAUCAAACAUGCCCUGGAUGCAAAACUUCGACCGAAACAGGCAGGAUUUAGGAGAAACAAGUCAUGUAUUGAUCAAAUCACCACCCUACGGAUCAUCAUUGAACAAAGCUUGCGAUGGGAACUAUCUAUCUCAACUUCAUCGACUUUGAAAAGGCAUUCGACAGCGUCGAUCGAGAGGUCAUUUGGCAACUACUUUGCUACUACGAGGUGCCAUCGACAAUUAUACAUCUCAUCCAACAGUUAUACGACAAUGCUGCAUGACAAGUAAUCCACAACGGGAAACUUACGGAAGCCUUCGAAGUGAGGACGGGAGUGAGGUAAGGCUGUCUACUAUCGCCAAUGAUUUUCCUGAUUACAGUAGAUUGGAUAAUGCGACAGACAACAGGCAAUGAGGAAACAGGCAUGAAAUGGACUCACACAAAAGACUUGGAGGAUCUGGACUUCACCGAUGAUAUAUGUCUGAUUUCCCACAAACUGGAAGAUAUGCAAGUGAAAAGCAACAAGGUGGCAGAAGAAACAUCAAAUAUAGGACUCCAAGUAGACAAAGAUAAAACAGAGGU